UGCUGAAAAAGUGCAUGCGCAGAAGCGAUCGUGUUUCCGGUCCGGCUGGUGUGGUGACAGCGUCCCACGAUCGCUUCUUCGUCUUUGCUGUAGGCUGAGAAAGCAAUAGAAGCAAAGUCAGCAAACACAUCAAAUACGCGCCAUAGUUUGGUCGUCUCCUGUCCGUAGCCGAACACUGCAGCUGCUCAUCGAGCGUCCUCCCAGCAAACCCGGUGGGUCCACCAGCAGUUCCGCGGCCCAAGUUAAGACACUGCCUCCUGGAUCCAACAUUCGGCGGUCAACCCAAGCUAGGACGCGGGGUUGGCCCUCCGGUUGGCUUCACGCCGUCAGCAGCUAGCAAGUUGGCUGUUAGCUGGGCGUUAGCAUGGCCGGGGGAAACCAAAACCAGGUGGCCGAGGACAAGACGAAGACACAGGGCCACAGUGAAAGUACGAUAAACAACAGGUUGAAGUACAUUAGUCUGACUGUGCUGGUGGUCCAGAAUGCCUCGCUCAUCCUCAGCAUCCGUUACGUGCGCACGUUGCCGGGUGAGCGCUUCUUCACCACGUCGGCUGUGGUCAUGGCGGAGGUCUUCAAGGUGCUGGCGUGUCUCCUCAUCAUCCUGUUGCAGAGGAGACUCAACGUGAAGGGUACAGCGGCCUUCCUGGUGGAUGCCAUCUUUGUUCAGUACAAGGACACGUUGAAGUUGGCAGGUCUGUCGCUCAUCUACACACUACAGAACAACCUGCAGUACGUCGCCAUCUCCAACCUGCCCGCUGCCACCUUCCAGGUGACCUACCAGCUGAAGAUCCUGACCACAGCACUGUUCAGCGUGUUGAUGCUGAAGAAGACUCUGACCAGAGUCCAGUGGUUGUCUCUGCUGCUGCUUUUUGUGGGUGUUUCCAUUGUGCAGGUGCAGCAGGGUGGAAACGAGGCGGAGCACGCCAAUCAGAACUACGUGUCUGGCCUGGGUGCGGUGGUCAUCAGCUGUUUGUCGUCGGGAUUCGCCGGUGUCUACUUUGAGAAGAUCCUGAAGCGAAGCUCGGCGUCCGUUUGGGUCCGUAACGUACAGCUGGGCAUCUUCGGCAUUGCGCUGGGCAUGCUGGCACUGUGGUGGAAUGACGGUGCCGCCCUGAGCCAGCGCAGCUUCCUGUCGGGCUACACAACCAUGGUGUGGUGCGUCAUCUUCAACCAGGCGUUUGGAGGCCUCCUGGUGGCUGUGGUGGUCAAGUACGCUGACAACAUCCUCAAAGGCUUUGCCACGUCCUUCUCCAUCAUCAUCUCCACCAUCAUGUCCAUCUACCUCUUCGCCUUCCACGUGGACCCACUGUUUGCCGUAGGGGCAGGGCUAGUCAUAAGUGCCGUCUGCAUGUACAGCCUCCCUAAAGCUUCGCCCAACCUCAACUCGUCUUCCGCCACAAUGAAGGACCGCACCCAGAUGGAGGCCUUUCAGACCAAGUCAGUGCUGGUCAAAUGACCCUUGACCCCUCCUACCCCAUCUUUCUCGCUUUCUCAAGCUCACUUCAUGUCUGCUGUCAAGAAGUCAGAGAUCAUAAGUGUGCCACGAAGCAGAAAGGAUCUUAAGAGGAAGAGUGCCAGCACACCGAGUAACUUAAGUGGGCGGAGGCAGGACGGCUCUCUUGACAUGCUACCUGGCGACCUGUCAAUCAUGAGAGCUCCGCCCCUCCUAUGACAUGUUAAAUUAAGCUGAAGCUUGUAUUGCGAAAGUCCUCAUCAGCUGUUUUUUUUUCAGUAACCGAUUUUGUCCAAACAUUUGAACUACUGUUGUGUUUAUUCAAAUAACUGCAAAGAAGACUCAUAAAACCACCGCUUAAACUUGAUCGAAUGGAGCUCCAUGGUAGCUAUCGAGAUCCUGUACGCUGCCUGCCUUAUAGGAUGGUAACUUGGACACAUAAGACACCAAAGCAUACAGUUUGUAAGUACAUCGAACUUUGCUUGUCAGGGCUAGACAAAGUGCAGUAUAAUUGCUAGUAUUGCCAGUGUUUUGUAAUCCGAGCUCUCACGUUGCUGCUUUUCCCCUCCUUGACGUCAUUUGUUGUAAAUGUUUUUUUCUGGUACAUGACGUCGCGCUGCACGCAAAUAAACCAGCCUGGUCACAGGUCACGUGCUUUGACAGCCCAGAAAGAGGAAAUAACAUUACUUCCUGUAAAUCCUGUAAAUGAACUUCAGUUGGAAAGAGCCGCCGUUGGACUGGACCACAGAAAACAUGGAGGAUAAGUCGUCUCAUUUUAUGGUGGUCUACGUUGUUUGACUUGUGUUGCGUUCUAGUAUGGAAGAGAAGGCAAAGGAGGAGUAACAGGAAAAGGAACGCGCUUUAAGGAAGGAAGGAGAUUAGGAAGAGAGCUGAGGCUACAGUAUGUCACAUAACAUUAGCAUUGGUGACCUGUCAACAACAUGAAUGACAUGUACGCCGUGGUCAACAAGCCCAAACAACCCCGCCCACCAGCAGAAGACCACGCCCACUCCAAUGUAGCCCCGCCCAGACGGGCAGGAAAUAGCGUCUCCCAUCACUAUGACAACGACCAUCUGCCGCUCUACAGCGCUAUUCUGCCGCCGCAGGCCCCUCACGCCCGCCCCAUCCAUGAUGCUGAACCAGCUUUAGCAGUGUCAGAUACACACCUGUCGUCCGUAAACAAUGAUUACGAAGAUUUGUCCACCUCGGCGACACAUCUCGAAUUUAACCAUCGCGUUCAGAAGCCAAAAGGACCCAGAGCGCCACCUAUUGGUUGGACCUGCCUGGAGGGAUGAAUCCAUGGAUGGGACCACCUGUACCCCCAACUGGACUUGUUUGGACCAAAGUCUGGUUAACUUUGACAAAACAUGACACGAAAAAAAUGUUUACUUCAAAAGUGUUUCUUUACAAUGUGACAUGAUUCUUUAACAGCGCAGUAAAAGUCUACAAAAUGGG